AUGAAAAACCCACAGAAACUGUUUUUACAGAUCACGAAACGUUUGUCUGAGAUCAAAUGGCGUUUUCUGCUGUUACUAAUCGUACCGAUUUCUCUUCUGCUGUUUAUCUCCAUUACCACCACCGCACGCGGCGGCGAUUUCAGUGAUUACAACCCGUUUUACUUUUUAAGCAACCUCAAGUCAUUGUUCUACAACGAUAACAACAACAGCAAUCAGAAUCGUUCGCCUAAUUACUCAGCCAUAACAUUUCCGACGACGGAUAAGGCGUGGCCACCGGUGAUCGGCGAUCGGAAGUCAGAGUUGGAGCAGUCGAGGAUGGCGGUUUGUUUGGUGGGAGGGGCACGGCGAUUCGAACUAACUGGACCGUCGAUUGUAGAGAAAAUUCUAGAAGAGUAUCCGAAUGCUGAUCUGUUUGUCAACAGUCCUCUGGAUUCCAAAUCGUACAAAUUCAGUCUCCUGAAAACGGCUCCGAGAAUCGCUGCGAUUAGGAUAUUUAAGCCGGAGAAGAUACCGGAAAAUGAUGCGGCGGUCCGAGUUCUGACGGCGAGUAACUCGCCGAAUGGCAUUCAGGGUUUGUUGCAGUAUUUCAAUCUGGUGGAAGGUUGCUUAACCAUGGUUGAAUCCUACCAAAAAAGAAACAACUUCACCUACGACUGGAUAGUACGGACUCGUGUCGAUGGAUACUGGUCAACCCGACUUCGACCCGAUAUUUUUAUCCCGGGUCACUACGUCGUCCCAUCCGGAUCUUCCUACGGCGGCCUUAACGACCGUUUCGGUGUCGGCGAUUUCAACACCUCCGUCGCCGCCCUCUCCCGUCUCUCCAUGAUCCCGGAGAUUGACUCGGCCGGGUUCCAUGAACUCAACUCGGAAUCGGCGUUUCAAGCCCAACUCAGAGUACGAAACAUCUCGUUUCUCACCAAACGUCUCCCGUUUUGCGUUGUAUCGGACCGGACGUACGAUUUUCCGCCGGAAAAGUUUGGAGUUCCGGUGGCGGCUUUGUCGAGUAAAGGUCCGUUGAGUGGGGUGAAGUGUCGGCCGUGUACGGCUAAGUAUUCCGGUAAGUUGGCUACCGCCAUUGUUAAUGGAUUAUAUCGGCAAUGGAGCUGGACGGAUACCGGGAACAACACGCUGCAGCUCUGCGACGGUCAUGGCCGAUGGGAAGAUGGGUGGGAAAAGUUAUUCGAUUCAACCGCCGGAAAGAAGCUGUCGGCGGUGAGGAAAAGAGUGUCGUCACUGUCGUUUGAACAGUGUGUUGCGGAUUUUGAGUUCAUGAAGCGGCGAUCGGCGGUGUGGGAUGUGCCGCCGGCGGUGGAUAUUUGCAGCCAGUUUCAUAGAUAG